CUCUCUAUCAUUUUCAUUUUUUCUUCCCUUGCUCUCUCUACAAUUUUCAUUCUCGAGAACCGAAGGCCUCUAGGGUUUGGUUGCCAACCAGACUGACUUCUUGCAUUUCGUGAAAGUGUUGAAUCGAGGACUUUGUAUGAAAAGGCUUGAAUACCUACUCUCCUUAAUUGAUUGAUUUUGGAUUCUAUUUUUAUGUUGUAGCUGACUAACUGAAGAUUGGUUUGAUGAAGCGCAUAAAGGCAUAGUUAAGAGAUCUGGUUGCUUUGUUUCAGUUGGAAAAUGCUUGCUUUGAACAAUUUGUGAUUUGUAGUUGAUAGGACCUGAGGUGCAUAAGAAGAGGCAUAAGGGCUCAAGUUUGAUGUGGUUUUGCCGAAAAAGAAGUAAUGCGUUGAGUAAUGGCACCUACGGUUCGAGCUCAUAAGGCAGCUGAAGUUGCUAUUGGGUCAAUUGGGCGUGGAUAUGAUGUAGCAAUAGAUCUGAGGUUGAAAUACUGUAAAGGGGAUUUGAGUGACUCCCAUUUAAUUGAGAUUGAUCAAGAUGGAGGUCAUGAGAUUGUUUUGCCUGGUGGGAUAUCUAUUCCCAAUGUGUCCAAAUCUAUAAAAUGUGAUAAAGGGGAGCACACGCGGUUUAGGUCUGAUGUUCUCUCUUUCCAGCAGAUGUCAGAGCAAUUCAAUCAGGAGCUAUCUUUAACUGGUAAAAUUCCUUCGGGUCUCUUCAAUGCCAUGUUCGAUUUCUCAGGUUUUUGGCAGAAAGAUGCAGCCAACACCAAGACUCUUGCUUUUGAUGGGGUGUUCAUCUCACUCUACACUAUUGCCUUGGAGAAAUCUCAGAUGGUGCUUCGAGAUCAUGUAAAGAAAGCCGUCCCAUCGGCAUGGGAGCCUGCUGCGCUGGCAAGGUUUAUUGAGACAUUUGGCACCCAUGUUAUUGUUGGUGUGAAGAUGGGAGGGAAGGAUGUAAUUUAUGUAAAACAGCAGCAUUCAUCACCUCUUCAAUCUGCUAAUGUGCAGAAACAAUUAAAGGAAAUGGCAGAUAAGAGGUUUUUAGAUUCUUGUGGACAGUAUAGCAUGCCCUCUGAACAACUUUAUCAGAAUGACAAGUUUGAAAUUAGGGAGCAGCGGCUCAGGUUCGCUGAUACCAGUCCAUCAAGUUCUUAUUCACAUAAAGAGGAUAUUGUAAGAAUUUGCAAGAGGAGAGGUGGAAAUGAUAACCGAAACUUAUCUCAUAAUGAGUGGUUGCAAACUGUUCAAUUUGAGCCUGACGUGAUAUCAAUGUCCUUCAUCCCAAUUACUUCUUUGUUAAAUGGAGUCCCAGGGAGUGGCUUCUUAAGCCAUGCCAUAAAUCUCUACCUAAGAUAUAAACCGCCGAUUGAAGAACUACACCAAUUUCUGGAAUUUCAGUUGCCAAGGCAGUGGGCACCUGUAUUCAGUGAGCUACCCCUUGGUCCUCAACAGAAGCAGCAAAGCACCUCAUCUUUAAAAUUCAGUCUCAUGGGACCCAAGCUUUUUGUGAACACCAAUCCAGUUGAUGUGGGUCAGAGACCUGUGACUGGCCUUCGGCUUUAUCUUGAAGGUAGAAGCAGCAAUCGCUUGGCCAUCCACAUGCAACAUCUCUCCUCUCUUCCGAAAGUCUUCCAACUCAUAGAAGAUCCAAAUGGCAACUUCCGUCAGGAGAACUAUGAUCGUAAAUACUAUGAGAAGGUUCAGUGGAAGAACUACUCUCAUGUCUGCACUGCUCCUGUUGAGUCUGAUGAGGAUCUCUCAAUUGUAACUGGAGCACAGUUACAGGUCGAGCAUCAUGGGUUCAAAAGUAUUCUUUUUUUACGACUCCGCUUCUCAACUGUUUUGGGAGCAACAACCGUCAAGCAUCCAGAGUGGGAUGGAUCACCGGGUUUGACACCCAAGUCAGGACUCAUAUCAACAUUAAUCAGCCAUCACUUCACAACUGUACAGAAGCCACCUCCACGGCCAGCUGAUGUCAAUAUAAACUCUGCCGUCUACCCUGGUGGCCCUCCAGUUCCGGUCCAAGCCCCAAAGCUUCUAAAAUUCGUAGACACAACAGAGAUGACAAGAGGGCCGCAGGAUCCUCCCGGCUAUUGGAUCGUUUCCGGGGCAAGACUAAUCAUUGAGAAGGGCCGGAUCUCUCUACGGGUUAAAUAUUCUUUGUUGACUGUAAUUGGACCAGAUGAAGAAGACCUAGAUGAGCAGUAGCAAAAUUUUUCUCUCCUAUUAGAAGAAAAGGACGAUAGCAAACACUAUCAAAGAAAGUGAUCAGAAAUGAUGCACAAUAUGGUUGAUCGAUUGAUAGAACCUUGCUGUUGCAAAUCAAGAAUGCAAAGGAACGCUUCUAAAUUUCAAAGUGAAUGAUGGAUGGAUGAUGGUGGUUGUAUAAAAUGUGUUCAUAAGCAUUUUUCUGUUGUAAUUUUCGUUGUAUUUUUUCAGGUAGAUCCUUGAUGAUAUUGCCUGAGUGUCGUGGGUGGGGCAGUGUUACAAAGGGCAUUUUGACAUCCCGAAUCCUCGAAGUUAGAGGAUUCUUGUGUAGUUUUACCUGUUACAAAAGAGAGCCCAGUUUGGUGAAUCUCUUGCAUUGAAAUUCAGAAUGGUUUAUUAUUUGAGGAAGGUAUACAAAAUCAUGUUCCAUCA